AACCGCCAUUUUUCGUCAGACGAUCUUCGGAUGGAAAUGCAUGUGACCUAACUCACAUUGUGAACAUUUCAGAGCAAUAAUGCCAAGAAAGAACAACAUUUCGACAAACGACUUGACAGAAGUUGAUUCAUUGACAUUCACUAAUCAUGUGACCUAUGUGAAGUUCGGGUCACAGCUUGAGUUGUCUCGCUGUGAGAACCAGAGCUGUGGCUGCUCGAGGGUCCACUGUCCGUUCUGUAGUGUCCACAAUUACAAGCCCUCACGUCCAGCCAGGGUCCGAGAUCACCUCAACCAGACUCACUUCAAGCAUGCCGUGCUGUAUAGAGGUAGGAACGUGGUCAAGUGCUACAUGCAGUGUGAUGCAGCCCCCGGGCACUUCCACUGCCCCCACUGCCCCAAGCAGCUCCUGAAGAAAGCCGGCUUCCUCUACCACCUGCGCACACACCUGCGGAAGGCGGGUAAGGCAGAGUCUCUGGUCCAGGCCCCGAACUUCAAACACCCUCAGAAGGUCCUGUUUGAUGGUCAUGUGAUCCAGCUCUGCUCCAAUCAGUGUGAAGGAACCCUUGGCCGACAUUACCACUGUCCUCUGUGUGAGGAGAAGAAGUUUGAAGAGAUGGGGUCAUUGUCAGGUCACUUGUGGCGAUGUCGGGAGAUCAGUGGCUUGACGGAGAAGACAUCUGUGAACCUGCCAGCAAAGAAGAACGUGGAUGAAUCGUGGAAGGCCAAUAUGGCUGUAAACACUAAUGUGCCUCCGCCCAAAGAGAGAUUCGGGGAUAAGUGUCACAUGUCUGUAGUGAGGAACUUGAGUGAUCUCCCCUUUGAGAGGUGCAAAGACCAAGGCUGUUGUCGAAAUCGUUUUCACUGUAAUCUCUGUCCUUCAUCGAAAUUCAAGCCAGCGUUCCUCAGCCACAUCCAGGAACACUACCUGAGUCACUGGAACAGCCGUGCUGUUUGCGGAGCCUACAGCUGUCUGGUGUGCUAUCAGCCUUGCCUUCCCCGCUACGGCUCGUCUGUGUACCACUACCACUGCCCAGUGUGUGGGCAGUCUCGCAGGCGGAAAAUACAGUUCAUGAACCACUUGAGGGAGUGUUUGGGACCCAGUAUCAAGACAGGUAGGUUUCAGGCCCCAUUCCACAAAGCGAUGCUAGCACUACGACAGUCAAGUCUAUGUUAUAAAUCCACGGAGACAGACAUCCACGGAGGUGAUGAGAAAGAAGAAACUGAGGAUCCUCACCAGGAUUUUGAAGGUCCUGGUGAAGCUGACUAUGGAGAGGGGGAAGAUAACUCUUCACUGGAGAAAACUGUUUCACAUUCAGUAGAAGAGCCUGCUGUAACAGAGGAUGAUGGGAAUGAGGAUGUUUCCAUGGAAACAAGUGAGCAGAAGACAAACAAUGAUCAGAAGAAAGCAUUGGAGGUCUUCAACACAGUGUUGGCCAUCUUGUCACCGGAGUUCAUCACGUCCCUGGUGCAUGAUGGGCCUGUGGACGACUUGCUGAGGGCUGUUGCUAUGGAGACCGGUGUGGAAUGGUUGUCCUCUCCAGGUGUCAACAGCAGCCCUGUCUACUCCAUCAGCGGAGACCUGGACAGCAUCUUCAAAGCCAAACAGAUGUUGAGACAGAAUCUACCCGAGUCUCUACUGAAGUCGCUCCAAGGGACCCCGACAUACAGUGUAAAUGAUACAUCAGCCAACAUUCCAGCUAUAUCACCAAGCAUUCCUGAUACGGCCUCACACCCAAGUGAGUCAGAACACAGGCGUCAUUCACAGAGUGACACGCCACGUAACCAAGGCGCCCCUCCUGUGUCCAUUGGCGCCCACAGUGCCACCUCAAGUGAGCUACAGUACAUUCAAGCAGAACAUUCAUCAGGAGCCCCUUCAAGUGCGACUGGAACCCUACAUGCUACCAAUCCCCAUCACAGAUCCUCGAGGAGCACUCAGGCUGACAUCAAAGACCUCUACAGUGACUUUGGGGAUCAAGUGGUCGUCAAGCAAGAGAUUCCCAGGAAGGAGCUGCUGAUUAAUGCUUUGGAAAUGUUGUCUUCAGCUGUGGAGAUUGUGAAGAAGAAGGAGGAGAGUGAGAUGGCACAAGAGGAAGAGUGUCAGAUGGCAAGCGAGGAACACGGUCAGACAGCACAAGAGGAACACGGUCAGACGGCACAAGAGGAACACGGUCAGACGGCACAAGAGGAACAGGGUCAGACGGCACAAGAGGAACAGGGUCAGAUGGCACAAGGGAAAGUUCAGACGAUGCAGGAGGCUAACUCUGCCGGCAAUCAGGAUGUUGAUGUGAUUGAAACUCGGAGGACAAGGAAGAGAGGACAUGGUGACAUUUCUUCUUCAGAGACAGUGACCAGAACAAGUAAAAGAAAACGCUCUUCUUCUGCUCGGGAAAACAGGGGAGGAAUGAGACGUGAAUCCCCUCCCCCUUUUGCUGAAGCUCCCCAUACUUCAGGCUCAGACAAACAAAUAUCUCCUGAAUCAAUUCGGGAACCUACUGCGGAGACUGUCAGGAAAUCUGGUGGAAGACCCAGAGGAAGACCCAGAGGAAGCAAAGGCAAGACUAUCGAGAAACAGGAUAAAGUCAGCGCACCAGUCGUAAAAAGAUAUUCUACGCGGGGACAUAAAGUAGACUUCUCGCUUCUCGCUACAGGAAAGAAAAGGAAGGAAGAGAAACCUAAACCACAGAUUCCAUCACCAGGCUGUUCUCAGACCCAGACACAGAAGAGGAAAAAGAAGGGGAUUCCAGAAGCUCAGGAAAUCGCUGUACAAGAGCAGGAAGGGUCCAGGACAAAGGGGAGAGAGAGAGAAAAGGAUUUGCAUCCGUCCAGAAUGGAAAAUGAGACCUCCCAUUCCGUCUGUUCCUCAGAAACCUGCUCGUCUGUCAUUUCAUCAAAAUUUAGGAUGCAGGAGAAAGAGGGAGGCGAGAGGGAGGAGGAGGAAGAAGGGAGAGAGACUAUUCACGAGCCAAGGGUUGAACAGGAGACCUCUUCAUCUGUCUGUUCAUCAGAUGCUAUGAUACAAAGGAAAGAGGGUAUGGAAGGGAGGGAGGAUUGUCUUCAGGCUAGGCUUGAACAUGACACCUCUCCAUCUGUCUGUUCUUCAGAGUCUUGGACACAGACAGUAGAGGAGAUGGAAGUGUCUGAUGAUGAAGGAGAAUCUGGCGAUGACGAUCCUGAUGACCAGGAAGCGACUUCAUCUCGAGCUUCUUAUAAACUGGUGUACAGCAGCAUGGCGGUCGUGCCUGUGGUAACCUUCAACAUGCAGUCUCAGAGCAUGUCCAAGCAACUCAUUGGAAGCAGUGUCAAGAAGUCCUGUAACACAGAGGCUGCAGCUGUGAGAGAGAAGGGCAAGGACUUGAAAGGGUUUGGAUGUCCUGUGUGUGAGUUUCAAUCUGAUUCCUUCCUCAGCGUUGUGGGCCAUUGUUCCGAAAAGCACGGGAUUGACGAGGGUCUUCACUGUGAUGACUGCAUGGUCCUGUGUCUGGACGAAGAGACCAAGUCUGCUCAUGGGGAAUCCUGCCAAAAAGGGAAGCAGACUGAUUCUGAGAGCAAACUCCAGAGGUGUCCACAGUGUCAUUACACGUCUCGGGACUUUGUAGAUGUCUCGGACCAUAUAAUUUCCGAGCAUGACGUUGAGCGUCUUCGAUGUGAUGUCUGCGAGAGAGUGUUCAGCCAGCACAAAGCGAUGGACAUUCACCUGUCCCUGAAACACGGCCCUCGUCAAAGGACAAGUUCUCAGUUUGAAAAACCUUUAACCAAGUGCCCACUGUGUUCAGUUGAUGAAGGCAACUUCCAGGCACUGUCUUCUCAUCUGAUGUCAGAACAUCAUGUCACCAAUCCAUUGCGUUGUGACGUCUGUGAAAGAGUAUUUGACAGUGAUUCACAUCUUGAGUCUCAUCUAAACAGUCACCAUGGACCUUUUGAGGAAGGGUUAAUUUCCAACAGAUGCUCUGAAUGUGGACUGGUAUGUAAAAGUAAGACAUCCUUAAUUCAACACCAAGUGUACAUCCACAGAAAGAAGUUCAAAAAGUCAAGACAAUCAGCCUGUUUGGAGUGUAAGACUUGCUACUUCAUUGCAAAGACUGUCGAGGAAAUCCGAGAACACCGCUUGCAGCACAAAUUAGGAGUUCUCGAGUGUAAAGAAUGUAAUAUGACCUUCAACUCGACCUCUAACCUUCAGUUUCAUAUGCAGCUACACCAUAAGAAAUCUCAUACUGCCUCUUGUGAUAUUUGUGGGAAGGUGUUCAAACAUAAACGAUAUCUCAUUGGUCACCGUAAACGUCAUUUUGGAACCAAGAAUUUCAACUGUAAUGAAUGUGGAAAAGCCUUUUACGAGAAAUGCACCCUCAAGGCCCAUGAGCAGAUUCACCUGGAAUCUAGCGAUAGGGAGUACCGAUUCGUGUGUCCAUUUUGCGGCAAUCGUUACACAAGCAAAAGCAACUUCAAUGAUCACUUAAACAAACACACUGGGGAAAAGCCACAUAAAUGCACCCAAUGUGACAAAUCAUUCGGGUUCCGUAGCCAGCUUGCCCAACACAAGAUCUUUGUGCAUUCCACUGACCGACCUUUCAAAUGUAAAGAAUGCAACAAAGGGUUUAAACUGGCUUCGAAGCUGCAGCAGCAUAUGAUUGGCCACACUGGAACCAGCAAACACAUGUGUCACAGAUGCAAUCAGGCAUAUUGUUCAUCCGCAACACUGAGGAUCCAUCAACAGAAGUGUCGAGGAGCAGUCGUGAAAAAACGGCCAUUGGCUUCUCAAGUUUCGUUAGAGCCCAAUGUCAUUGCAGUGUCUGAAUCGGAGGUUCACAUGGCGGUCAUGAAUUCCUUUGUUGUCAUGAACAACUCCAGCAGUGACCUUGACCCCCAGUUGGACUGUAGUAGCCAGGAGCAGCAGACGGAGAUCUAUCUGUGUAGCGUGUGUCAGAUCGGGUUUUCGAGGUUCGAGGACGCAGAGCAUCAUAUCAACACCGAGCACGAGGAGAUGGGAGAGGAGGAAGAGAGUGUUGUUAUGGUGGAGGAGGAGAGCAUUCAAGAGGAUGUCAUGGUGGAUCCGACAAUACAACUGACCGAGAUAAACUUGGCAGCAGCAGACACGAUGUCUGAAACAAACACAAGUCAUGUUGUCUAUCAGAAUUAGUCAUAAUUUGGGGUCAGUGAAUGUGUAAGGCCUUAGUGAAUUAUUAGAUAUUCAUGAAUAGGUGAUGAGGUGAUGUGUCCAUAUGUAGCAGUAAUCCGUGCAUAUUAUUCUAUGUGAUGGCACACUCUCUGGCAAGGGUAUAGGUCAUGAAUGGGAUGGAACUUCUUGGAACCCCUGGAUUUGUCUGUUUGAGGUGGCAAAAUUAGGAAGAUUAACCCCUGCCCAUCUAAACGCUCUAAAAUUUCAUUUAUUGCAUUGAUAACACUAGCAAUCAUAUGAUAUAUUCUUGAUUCCUGUCAUAUUUUACCAUUAUGAAACUAAAAUGAAAACGCUGUACAUUCAAGUAUACCCAAGUAUAUCGAGUCUGCACUUGUAUAUACCAUCUAAGGCAAGGGAGUUUACUGACUAUAACAGUCCAGUUUCCAACCUUGCCAAACUAGACUGGAAUUUCAGAGUUAUUUUUUGGCUGGACUGAUCAAUCUAUGCAUAGUCCAAUAAAAAUCGUGCAACAAAAUCGACAUCCGGUGUGUAAACAAGAUGGUGACUACUGUGCCGAUUUGCAGAGCUUGCAAAGCAUGUUUUCUGUCAACUGGGUGUUGACUGAUAUUUGCCAAAUCUCUUCAUGUUUUAGUCACAGUGUUAAAGUGAUUUGAUUGUACUUUGUGAGGUAAGACCUGUUUUAUGACAAUAUAGAUCUUCAUUAUUGAUCAGAUCAUCUUGACUGGUUGUCGCUAUUUUGUUUCAAGCAUUUGCAAGCGAUAUAACAGGUGAAAUCUGAUUGGUCAAUAGGAGGGACAGAGAAGGGACAUAAAUCGUAAUAGCCACUAGUGGCACUAUGAUCGAACCACAAUAUUCCAGCAGGGUUCGGCAAGCGUGGAGACCGGACUUUUGUGGUCAGUUAACCUCAGGAAGAUGGUACCGUCUCGUAACCCGGUCAUGUGAUCCGGUGCCGUUAUCAAAGCCCCAUGCAUCCUCCUCUCAUUGCUCAUCCAUUAACUGCAAGGAUGUUUGUUCAGACUGCUAACUCAGCAACAUGUGGGUAAUUCACAGAUACUCAAGUGCAUUGUCUAGACUUGAGAUGAUCCCAGUAUACACAUGAGUGUGUUACAAUCAUCCAGGGACGGUCGGGUAGCCUAGUGGUUAAAGCGUUCCCUCGUCACGCCGAAGACCCGGGAUCGAUUCCCGACAUGGGUACAAUGUGUGAAGCCCAUUUCUGGUGUCCCCCGCCGUGAUAUUGCUGGAAUAUUGCUAAAAGCGGUGUAAAACCAUACUCACUCACUCACUACAAUCAUCCAGGUUGCAUUGUGACCCAUGAAGUUCCGGGGUAGAAUAGGUGUUCAGCAACCCAUGCUUGCUGUAAAAGGCGACUGCUUGUCGUAAGAGGCGACUAACGGGAUCGGGUGCUCAGGCUCGCUGACUUGGUUGAUGCAUGUC